CCCUCCUUGACUUUUGUCCCCUUUCCUUUUACUAUAAAUAGGGAAUACCCAUGAUCCUUUAAUUAAGCACCAACCCUACGUACACAACUUUCUCCCAAAGCCAAUAACAAAAGGACACAAGCUUUUCUUUUCAUCAAAGACGAAGCUGCAUUCAAAUGGAGUUGGAUCUUGGUCUCUCUCUUUCGCCUCAUACUAACUCUGCCAAGUUAGGGUUUGACUUUGACCUCAACAAGCACUGUGCCAUCGACGGUAGUACUGCCUCUUGUUUGGAUAGCGAAAACCUACAUUUUGAGGCGACGUUUAGGUUGAAUAUCGAAGAAGGAUGUUAUGUACCAAAACCAAGUGUGUUUGCCUUGAAUGGUCAGCCCAACGAGGAAGACGAAGAUCCUUUGGAAUCCGAGUCUUCAACUGUUUACGAUGAGGAGGAAAAUAGCGAAGUCGUGGGAUGGCCACCAGUAAAAUCAUGUAUGAUAAAAUAUCGUAGUUAUCAUCAUCGUCAUAGUCGUAAUCACCAUCAUUGCCCAUAUCAUCAUCAUGGUAGGAGGAUCACAGUGAUGAACAAUCGAAUGGCUACAGUUGAAAGCGUUGGAUCAUCAUCGACAACAUCAUCGAGAUCAUCAAUGUAUGUAAAAGUUAAGAUGGAAGGUGUGGCAAUAGCAAGAAAGGUGGAUAUCAAGCUUUUCAACUCUUACGAGUCGCUCACUGACUCCUUGAUCACCAUGUUUACCCAAUAUGAAGAUUGUGAGAGAGAAGAUACAAACUAUGCAUUCACCUUCCAAGGGAAAGAGGGUGACUGGCUAUUACCAGGGGAUUUUCCAUGGAGGUACGUUCACUUCACUGUAUUUAUUGCUUGCCUUAAAUUUAAAAAUAGAAGAACUUCAAGAAAAAAAGAGUUGUAUUAAGGAGAUGGAUGACUGACUAAUACUAACGACUAAAUUCAACUGUUUUGGUUUUUUAGGAUCUUUUCGGAAUCUGUUCAUCGAAUAUCAAUAAUUAGAGAUCGUCCGUGUGCAUAUACAAGACUUUUGUUUUAAAAGAUAGAGAAUUAAAGUUCAAUGCGGACUAUCAUUAUUUUACUUUGUAAUUAAAAUGUGCAUCAGAAUUUCGAUUUUCUCUAUUCUUCAAGCUCUAUAACUCAA